AUGAGACAAGUUGUGGUACUGUUGGUGGUGGUUCUGGCCGGUUGCACCACGGUUGGAGCAGAUUUCGGAUUGAAUCUGACGAUUCCCGGUCUUGUCAGUGGUUUGACCGGUGCUGUUAAUCAAGGUGUUGUUGCGUUAAUCAAAGCAAAUGGAACCAUACGAAAUAAUGCACUGUUGGAUUCAUCCGGAGCGUUGGAAGCUAUAGUUCUAGUGGUGAAUAAUGUGACAAGUCCGUUGAAUAGGUUGCUAGGAACAACGCUUUCUGCAUCUACGAGUAAAGCUGCCAACAGUCAAAGUUUGUUCGCGAAGCUAACGUCGCUCGUGGCAGAUACGAGCACAGCUAUUGAUAAAGCGUUGGUUGCCUCGGAAGGCCUGCAAUGGAAUGUGCGAACUACUCAGUACGAUGCAAUUCAUGAAAAUGUUUCCGUUAUUGCGUCUAGUCUUCCACUACUCCAGGAUGCAUUAACGGUUCUCAGUACAACUGUGGCUUUAGUCGAAAACUCAGAGGAACCGAUAACUUCAGAAAACGUUACAAACUUUUUCACCAGCUCAAUUGUGAAUGCAGUUAUCAAUCCAGUUCGAAAUAUCGCCAACAGUGUUAAUGCAUUGGCGUCGGUUGUGACAGCGGUGUCUAAAGAUAAAACAGCAGCACUGAACCUUCUAUCAUCCGUGAAUAUUACAGCUAACAACGGUUUGAGAUCAUUCCAGUCGGCGGUCUCAAACUUCAACAAGACUGUCAACGAGGCAAACACUACAGCUACAAACAAUGUCAACAGUCUCAGCUCAGCGAUCAACCAAAUGUACUCCUCAAUCACAACACGUCCACACAACUACAAUGGAGGAGAUAUCGACAGUCUAACCGUCUUCCUCUCAGAGGUCAAAUCCUACCUUGACUACCUAAAUGGAAAUGUGUCAGACGCUUUCUCCUAUCUAAGAGAAAAUGUCACAACGGUUGCGGAUCUCCAAACCAACCAAACCACCAAAAUGCUUCUGGAUGCAGCUAGGAACAUCUCCCUCCGAGCCCAUACCAGCAACAGUGACUAUGCAGAUCGGUGCGCCUCUCGAUACACGAGUCAGCUGAACCAGAACUCAUUGUCCAUCAGCCGAUUGUCGUUAUGUGUUCAGUCGGAAGGUGCAAGCUUCAAAGCCCUCACCCAGAUGUAUCGGAUGUUGCUCGACCAGACCAAAUCGCUGGCCGGUACUGGAUCGUCGAAUACGAUCUCGCGCCAGUGUACCCCGGGUCUGGCGGAUUGUACUGCAAUGUAUUUUAGCUACUUCGGUGAUCUCUCGCAGCAAGUGGGUGACAAUGUGAACGUCAACAGCUACGUGGUAAGUCGAGAAACACAAACAGUCCAGAGUCGGAUUCGUACCUGCCUGAUGGCUAUUGCUGCUGAUAUCGCCGAAAACGCUCGCCAAGUUCAAACCAAGUUUGGCAACUGCCUUAAUACCGGCUCAUGAAAUGUUCUGCCUGAUGACCAACGGUAUUGA